UCAUUGAUCAUAAGGGAAAGCAAAUAUCUCCUUUCCUCAUGGGACAGAGAACUAGGCAGAACAGGACCGGGGAGCAACCAAACCUACCGAGGCAGUCUCACUUCUCAGUGACUGGACUGUGUGGGUACUCUGCUCCAGACAUGCGUGGCCUCAGAUUCAUCUUGAUACCAGUUGAACUGCUACUUUGCUACCUCCUGCUGCACCCUGUGGAUGCCACUUCAUAUGGAAAGGAGACAAAUGUCUUGAUGCACCCUCCCUUGUCCUUGGAAUCCCAGACACCUUCCUCAGACCCCUUGUCCUGCCAAUUUCUGCAGCCAAAGUCACUGCCUGGUUUCAGCCACAUGGCCCCUCUACCCAAGUUCUUGGUAAGCCUGGCUCUAAGGAAUGCCCUGGAGGAAGCUGGUUGCCAGGCUGAUGUUUGGGCUCUACAGCUUCAGCUCUACCGCCAGGGUGGUGUGAAUGCGACACAGGUCCUCAUCCAGUAUCUUCAAGGGCUCCAGAAAGGCAGAAGUGCAGAGAGGAACGUGUCAGUGGACGCCCUGGCCUCUGCUCUGCAGCUGUUAGCCAGGGAGCAGCCAGGCACAGGAAGGGUCCGGCGCUACCUCCCGACAGAAGACUGUGAGAAUGAGAAGGAGCAAGAUGUGCACAAUGUCGUCCAGCUGCUGCCAGGAGUAGGAACAUUCUACAACCUGGGCACAGCCUUGUAUUAUGCUACUCAAAACUGCUUGGGCAAGGCCAAGGAACGAGGCCGAGAUGGGGCCAUAGAUCUGGGAUAUGACCUUCUGAUGACCAUGGCUGGGAUGUCAGGGGGGCCUAUGGGUCUAGUGGUCAGUGCUGCACUUAAACCUGCAUUAAAGGCUGGGGUUCAGCAGUUGAUCCAGUAUUAUCAAGAUCGUAAUGAGGAAAACAUCUCUCAGCCAGAGACCACUAAGGAGGGUUUGAGGGGCAUCUCAGAUGUGAGUGUCUUGGAAGAAACAACUACCCUGACUUCUUUCACGUCAAAAGUAGUAAGUUCAGCUCCCUACUGGGGACGGGUCAUAAUCAAGAGCUAUGACUUAGAUCCUGGGGCUGGGAGUCUUGGGAUAUAAAGAAGGUGGUAACCAUAGAACUAAUAAAACUAGUAUCUUGACAUGUCUUCAAAAUCUUAAUCUCUUAUUUUUCCAGGAGGAAGGCAGUACAGUGAAAGGUAGAAACGUAAAUGUUUGGGGGUUGAAGUCAGAGGGUUUGGUUUUGAAUCAAGGCUCCACUUGAUAGUGCCUGGUAAUCACUGACAAGUAACUUCUUUCUUGAACUAAGAUCAAUUUUUAAAUUUCUAAAUGAGUGAGAAUAAUUUUAACCUCAAUGAGUUGCCAUGUAAAUUUAAAAUGAUAAAAGAAUCAAAAGAGAUUAUCACAGUACUCUCAAUAAAUAGCUAUUAGCCAGGUGCGCUGGCUCACGUCUGUAAUUCCAGCACUGAGAGACCGAGGCGGGAGGAUCACUUGAACCCAGCAGUUCAAGACCAGCCUGGGCAACAUGGCGAAACCACAUCUCUACAAUAAAUAAAAAAAAUUAUCCUGGCGGAGUGAUGCACGCUUGUAGUCCCAGCUACCUGGGAGGCUGAGCCGGGAGAAUCACCUGAGCACGAAAGGUCGAGGCUGCAGUGAGCCAAGAUCUUGCCACUGCACUCCAGACUGGGUGACAGAGCGAGACCACGUCUCAAAAAAU